AAUUGAGGCAAAACAAUAAGAGCACAUAUGUUGGAGAAUAUAAAAACUCUGGUGCCACCAGAAGAAGGUGUCUUUAAGUUAAACACAGAUGGUUCUUAUAACCAUAAAAUGGCUUCUACGAGUGCUGGUGAAUUGUGGGGAUUAAGAGAAGGGCUUCGCCUUUGCAAAGCCAUGGAUCUCACCCAUGUGGUAGCUGAAAUGAAUUCUAUGAUUGCUGUCCGAUUCAUCAAUGAAGGCCGGGAUCUAGAGAAUUUAACUACCAAUUUGUUACUAGAUAUACGAAAUUUGAUAGCUGAGUUUGAGGUUUGCACUUUACAGCACACAUUACGUGAAGGUAACUCUGCAGCUGACUUUUUGGCUGCUUUGGGACACUCCUCUCCACCAGGCACCACCAUUUUGGACUCUCCACCAGCGGGACUACACGCUAUCCUGAUAAGGGAUUCUAUGGGGGUUAGUUUCCUCCAUUACUAGUUUUUUCUUUACUGUUAUUUUCUUAGUUACUCACUGAUGUACCAAAAAAAAUAAAAACUCUGGUGCCAU